AUGUCUACUCAACCGGACCCACGCUCGAUUUUGAAACCCACCACCCCAGGCGCUCUCAACAGCAACACCGAGAUCCUUCUUGACCUAGACUUUGGAGAAAACGUAACAGCUACAGGGUCGAAGACUUUCCACGGCCAGUCCUACAAUUUAAGCCAAGGGGCAAAAAUCGCUUUGCGGGCCGAAGAGGAGCAGCAAGUCUCGUUGAAAGAGCGCGAGGAGCGCGAGAGGCGAGAAGCGCGCAGGAAAUCACUUGCGAACAGAAGAGUCUCCUUCGCGGCAGAGGCGACAUUACACACGUUUCACGAGAUCGAGUACCAGGAUCCGGCGGCCUAUACGAACUCAGCGCGGCGUGCUUCAACAGCUACCCUCGCAACUUCUCAUCAACAAACCACCGACCAGCCCGGAGGGGCUCUAGUAGGGGUUGAGGGUCAUGUCCACCCUCGUGGCCCAGGACAUCAACAGAGUGAUUGGGAGCAAGAUAUAGACGAUACCGUUGCCUCAAGUAUGUACGGCUCUGACUCCGAUCUGGGCGAAUCCGUGGAAGAAGUGGAGGACCAUGAGGACACCGGCAGCCCAAGUGACUCAUCUGAUGAUGACGGAACUAUGGUGACCGUCGAUGGCGAUGAGACAACAUCCGCUUCAGUAGCCUCGGCAGACAGCUCAACCGUUGAUGAGGCCCUUCGAUUGGCCGCGCGGCACGCAGAUACCCAGAAGCCCAGCGCCGAUGAUGGAACAGAAGUCGAAGAGAUUAUCCCCUCAUUUGGCUGGGCUAAAAAGUCCGAAAUGAUGGCGCACUAG